AUGUCUCGCCCAUUCCCUUACACCUACAUCUCGUGUCCCUGCGCCGACACGCCGGUUCCCAACCCAGCCAGGAAGCGAAGAUCUCGCGAGUCACCGCAGAAAUCUACCCCCGAGCGGGACACAGAGGGCAACGAAGAUCAGAACGGAACGAAACAAUCAGAUGUGAAAGAGAAGGAAGAGGAAGAGAAAGAGGAAGAGGGAGAGGGAGAGGGAGAAGAACAGACUUUCGACCCUCGAUCACCCCGGUCUAACUUCUCGCUGUACCCACCUGAACAGCUCCUGUACUGUGAGGACUGCCACCAGAUCAAAUGCCCCCGAUGCAUAACAGAGGAGGUUGUGAGCUGGUACUGUCCGAACUGUCUGUUCGAGACUCCAAGCAGUAUGGUGCGAAGCGAUGGUAAUCGCUGCGGGAGAAACUGCUUCAAUUGCCCCGUCUGCACAGCUCCACUGGCUGUGAGUAGCAUUGAAAACGUCACAGGAAAUGGGAGCGGGCAAGGGCCUUGGGUACUCUCGUGUGGCUACUGCCUAUGGACAACACUCGAUAUUGGCAUUAAGUUUGACAAGCCGACCAAUAUCCGCAGCCAGUUGCAGAAGAUGACCGACUCGACGACUGGGCCUGCGUUUGACGCUCGGUCACGACAGGGGUCGCGCGCCUUUGGUGACUUAAAGUCGCCUCUAGCAAACUUUGCAUCCAUUGACGAGCAAUCCAAUACUCGCGAGCCUGAUGCAGAGCAGUCUACUUCACAAGAAGACGCGACACCUACACCCCAUCUCGGUGUGGAAGCCCGAUUUGCAGCCUUGAAAUCCUUCUAUCGUACACAGCUAUCCGAGACAUCAAAUUCCCCUAGCGACCCUCUCAGCUCGGAGUUCGGGUUCUCAUCGCCUGGGGCCUUGAACCGACUUAUGUCUCUCUACGCCUCUUCUUCACGCUUGAGUGGACUGUACGGCGGCGCCAAGAAGCCCAAAUCCAAGCCGCCCGUCAUGCGCGAAGCUCUCACUGCCAGCGAGGGCCUCCGGAUUGUUCCAGAGAGCGCCGAUACAGCACUGAUCGAGCGGAUCGCUUCUCCCGAUUGUGGCUGGGACGGCGUCGCAUCAAUCAGCCAGCGCACAGAGCAAUCGCCUGAUGUGCGGUUCGUCGACGAGCUGCUUCCUCUUCCAGUACUUCUACGCACCAAGCGUGCCAAGCGCUGCAAGUCAUGCAAGCAUAUUCUCGUGAAGCCUGAGACCAAGCCACAGUCCACCCGUUUCCGCAUCCGCCUCAUUGCGCUCAGCUAUAUUCCCCUUCCAACUCUACGCCCUCUUGCCCAGCCGCCAGCAUCUCUGAUCCCAGGCUCAGCCCCAAACCUGGAUCUGAAUGCAUUGGCUCCUCUUCGACCGUACCAUGUACUUCUCACGUUGAAGAAUCAUAUGUUUGAUAUCGUCCGCAUCACACUCGCCACCCCCUCCGUGACCCCGGGAAGCGUCGCCAGCAAAGUCACUGUGCUUUGCCCGCAGUUCGAAAUCGGCGCAAACAGCGACGUGUGGGAUGAGGCAUUGCAAAAUGCGACUGCCCCCUUAAGUGAUCGCAUUACGGGUAUGCGCGGCGGCGAGAAGGUUCCCGAGGCUGGUAAGGUCUGGGAGAAGGGCCGGAACUGGACGACAGUAGUGUUGGAGGUCGUCCCAGGAACCUUGCCGGGCUCUGAGGCAGAGGGUGGUCAGGCGACAGGCAGUGAUAUCGCGGCUGUUUCCCAGAAGGAUGAGGAUGUACUGGAGAUCCCAGUGUUUGUGCACAUGGAAUGGGAUGCGGAGGCGCAGCUUGAGCAGCAGAAUGUCGGAAAGGCGUCGAAGCCAGACGACCUAGUUGCUCGAGAACUAGCUUACUGGAUGGUUCUGGGCGUUGGAAGGAUCCAGGCCUCGUUGUAG